AUGAUUGAUGAUCGAUGCGAUCCCUGUGUGAGCGUCUCACUCCCAAGCGGCACGAGAUUUCUGCCUCUCAGGCAGUGGGAAUCAGACGGUUAUAUGCAACGUCCUCCAGAGGGGCUGCACAUUCAUGUUUAUGGCGCAGAUGCUGAAACACUGCACAUCAACCUGCAAAAGAACGAUCGAGGUUUUGUGUUGGAAUUUCACCUGCCUUACUACGCCCUGCGACCUGAUCGACCCGAUCUUCGCGAUUCCCGGGGACUGCGCAAACAUCGAUACUUUAGGCCUCCCGGCGAAGAGAAGCAAGAUUGCAUAUAUGAGAGUCAACUCUCGCUGAUAGUGUUUGGGGUCGAUGAUUUCUUCUGGACGGCUUAUUUCUGCGAAGAUACGUACUUUAGCAACCAGGAUCUGGUCGCGAACUGCCUGCAGGAUGAGGUAGAUGGACCUUCACUUGGUAGGAGAAUGCACAAAUUUCCCAUUUGGGAUCCAAGGUACUACUUUCUGUCGAUUCUUGCGACGCGGACGGGCCAGAUCACGUUGGAAUGGACAGUGCUCGUCCAGUCGCUGGAGAGCGUCCUGGAUCGGCAUGGGGAAAUAGACCAGGAAAAUCUGAAUAUGUUUCUCGAGAACGAUCCAACUUUGAAGAAAACUAAGGAGUACACGUGGAUACUUUGCACCCUGCGUCGUCUUCGGAAUGGUUUAGCACGAGUUAUAGCCGCGCUGAUCGCAUUCGACAACAACAAUACAGUUUACUUCGAUCUUGACGCGGAUGGCCCUCUACAGGACAAGUUUCGCCACUAUUUCACUCAGGUGCGUCAAGACACCGCCGAGCUCGAGGCCUUGAGGAUGAUACUUGAACAGCGCAUCGAGAUUAUGGAGAAGAUGUCUGGCGUCUUGGUCAAUGCCUCAUCGCUUGCAGAAAGUAUCACAGCCACCCGCCAAGGCAACAAUAUCAGACUCCUCACUUAUAUCACCAUU